AGCCGAACCCUUCUUAAGCACCGUGCAUUCCUCCACUUUCACUCAAGGAAGCAUCACGCAAACAUGUCCACCGCAACAACUCACGUGCUCGCUUAUCCCUUCCCUACCUCCGGUCACGUGAUCCCUCUCUUAGACUUCACCAAAACCCUAGUCUCUCGCGGCGUCCAUGUCACCGUUCUGGUCACACCCUACAACGAAGCCUUACUUCCAAAAAACUAUUCCCCUCUUCUCCAAACGCUUCUCCUCCCCGAACCUCAGUUCCCGAACCCGAAGCAAAACAGGCUCGUAUCCAUGGUAACCUUCAUGCGGCACCACCACUACCCGAUCAUUAUGGACUGGGCCCAGGCCCAGCCCAUUCCUCCUGCGGCUAUUAUAUCAGAUUUCUUCCUCGGUUGGACCCACCUCCUCGCACGUGACCUCCACGUGCCGCGCGUAGUCUUCUCCCCCUCCGGCGCCUUCGCGCUCUCCGUCUCCUACUCCCUCUGGCGCGACGCCCCCCAAAACGACAACCCGGAAGACCCAAACGGCGUUGUUUCGUUCCCAAAUCUCCCAAAUUCCCCAUUCUACCCCUGGUGGCAGAUCACGCACUUAUUCCAUGACACCGAGAGAGGAGGUCCCGAAUGGAAGUUUCACAGAGAGAACAUGCUUCUCAACAUUGAUUCCUGGGGCGUCGUUAUCAACACAUUCACCGAGUUAGAACAAGUUUACUUAAACCACUUGAAGAAAGAAUUGGGACACGAAAGAGUCUUUGCGGUGGGCCCGGUUCUGCCGAUUCAAACCGGUUCGAUUUCAACAAAACCGGAAGAACGAGGCGGGAACAGCACCGUUUCGCGACAUGACAUCAUGGAAUGGCUCGACGCACGUGACAAAGGUUCCGUUGUUUACGUGUGUUUCGGGAGCCGUACGUUUCUAACGAGUUCACAAAUGGAGGUGUUGACACGUGCGUUGGAAAUAAGUGGGGUGAACUUUGUUUUGUCCGUUAGGGUUCCUGAAAAAGGACACGUGGCGAAGGAGCACGGUACGGUGCCGCGUGGGUUUUCAGAUAGGGUGAAAGGAAGGGGAUUUGUGAUAGAGGGAUGGGCCCCACAGUUGGUUAUACUGAGUCACCGCGCGGUGGGGGCUUUCGUGAGUCACUGCGGGUGGAACUCGGUGGUGGAAGGGUUGGUUUCGGGGGUGGCGAUGCUGACGUGGCCGAUGGGUGCGGAUCAGUAUACGAACGCGAAGCUUCUGGUGGAUGAGUUGGGCGUGGCGGUUCGCGCCGCGGAGGGUGAGAAGGUAAUUCCAGAAGCUAGCGAGUUGGGGAAGAGAAUUGAAGAAGCUUUGGGGAGAACGAAGGAGAGGGUAAAAGCGGAAAUGUUGAGGGAUGAUGCGUUGCUUGCGAUUGGGAAUGGUGGCAGCUCGCAGAGGGAAUUGGAUGCGCUCGUGAAGCUUCUAAGUGAAGUUCAGCGUGUGGAAAGCACUUCUUGAAAACGUGUUUCUUUUUUGUUGGGGUUAGGGUAAUUUGGGAACCAUUGGGAUUUUUAGUGUGAUUGGUUUUGAGCGGCGUGUUUGGAUGCAUCCUGCACUAACUGAGCUCACUCACGUUUGGUAACUAGUAGGUUUUUUCAGUGAGAGGUAAAAGUAUUAUUGCUUCCGUUCUGAUUGUACUACUACUAAAUACUAAUUUAUCGUUCUGGUCUUGACCGACGAAAAUGCGGGUUGUUGACUUGUUUAAACGGUUUGACACUUUUGGAAGAAGUUCAACGUGAAAACUACUAAUAAGUAAUUAUGAUU